AUGGUCUGUGAAGUCUCCCUUGAGCGGGUCACCCGCCUUCUCCUUGGCCUCCUCAGCCAAGUUGAGAACAUCAAGCAAAAGCUCAAAGAAGUCAAAGAAACAGGGAUCAAAACCCAAACCAACGUUGAGAACAUUUCUCAAACAGUUGAUGUUGUCAAGGAUGGGCUUAGGAGCCUCCAAUCCCAUGGGCCAAGGACCCCAGAAACCAAGCCCCCAGCCGUGGAAGCAACGCCAUGCCCCCUACCAAAAGCCAAGCCUAUUGGAUUGGCUAGUGGGCCUUCCUUCUGGCCCAAACAAAAAGGGCUCCCUAUCUUUGCCCAACCACAGCCACAGAGAGUACUACCCCCACAAGUCCCUUCUCCCCCUCUGGGUCUCCAAUCCCCAAUCAGAGCAUCCAUCCCUCCUCCACUGGCUCCAGUUGCCACAUACCCUGCCCUGGUCAAAGUAGACCAUCCAGAUGCCUAUACAGGCAAGAUUGGGAGUGAAGCCAAACAGUGGCUCACAAGGAUGCUGGCUUGGACACAGCUGAAUUCCUGCAUGUUCCCCACCAACCAGGAAGUACUAUCCUUCCUCUUGAUGAACAUGAAGGAUACGGCCGGGGCCUGGGCCCACCCACACCUUGACCAGCUUGGGUCACACUGGGCCAUCAUUCAAACGGUGGAAGGCUUCAAAUUGGAAUUCUUGGCGGCUUUUGGUGACCCUGAUGCCACUAGGGCCACCAAGCGGAAGAUCACAACACUUACCCAGUCCGGCACAUGCGCGGAUUACAUCACAAAGUUCAGAACCCUAGCAAUGGAACUGGACUGGAACAACGCGGCCCUCCAAGGCCAGUUUGCCUGCGGCCUCCACUGGGAGGUCAGCUGCCAAAUAGCAACCUGCAAGCACCAACCCCACACCCUUCUCAAGCUGCAGAACGCAGCACUUGUCAUUGACAAUGCUCUCCGUGAAGAGCGUGCUAGCCACCCACCAAGGGACAAUAAGUCUAGCAAACCAUCCAACCCUGCAAGGGGGACAAGUACCAGUCAAGUCACAUCCAGUUUGAAGAAGCUCUCCAACAAUCCCAACUUUGUGUUGGAGGAAGAACAAAAUUGCUGCUGCGCCGCAGGCGCCUGUAUCAAGUGCAGAAAGAUGGGUCAUAAGUUUGUGGAAUGCCGCACAGGCUGGAAGGCAACCCCUGUUGAGGACAAGGGGAAAGCCAAGGAAACCGCCAAAACUGGCAAAGACUCCAAGUAUCAAUUGGGAAAAGAAAAUAGACCCCUGUUCACAAUUCCAAUCAAACCAGAGAAACAAGCGGACACUCUAGAAGUCCUGAUAGAUUCAGGCGCCACAUCAUUGUUCAUUCAUCCCCACACCGCUGAGGCUCUACACCUACCACUCAUUGACCUUCCGCAACCCCGUACUGUUACUAUGCUUGAUGGGUUGAGCCCCCAGGCUGGAAAGAUUUGGAAAAAGGUCCACCUGACCUUCCUUUUUGAUGGCAAGCGCAUGACAGAAACCUUCCUAGUCUGCAACACCGGAUCACACGCUGCCAUCCUAGGAAUCAAAUGGCUGGAAAACCACAACCCCAAAAUCAAUUGGAAUUCACAAACACUCUCCUUCCCCCAUACACCGCCAGAACAUGUGGCUAUUGCCAAGGAGGAGGAAGCUGACAAGAACCCUCUUGAAGGAGUACCCCCAGAAUACCACCAAUAUGCCAAGGUAUUUGGGGAGGAAGAAUUCAAUAAGCUUCCACCGCACCGGCAUUAUGACAUAGGGAUUGAACUCACCAAAGAAGGCCCUCUCAACUUGCCCCUCUAUAGCAUGACUGACGCCGAAUCCGCCACCCUCAAGGAUUGGCUUAGGGAUGAGCUCAAGGCUGGGAAAAUCUGCCCCAGUAAAUCAUCCAUCAGCUCCCCUGUUAUGUUUGUGCCAAAGAAGGAUGGUUCCUGUUGUCUAGUAGUGGACUAUUGCCGUCUCAAUAACCGGACUAAGAAGAACGUCUACCUGCUACCCCGUCCAGAUGACCUCAUGGCCCAGCUCCGCAGCGCCAAGGUCUUCACUAAAUUAGAUCUGAGAUGGGGCUAUAACAACAUCCAAGUUAAGGAAGGUGACAAGUGGAAGACUGCCUUUUGCACAAAGUAUGGGCUGUAUGAAUCCCUGGUAAUGACUUUUGGCCUGACAAACGCCCCUGCCGCUUUCCAACACUUCAUGAACAAGUUGUUCAAAGAUUUAUUGGAUGUAUGCAUCAUCAUCUAUCUUGAUGACAUCCUCAUUUACUCUAAGGAUGACGCAUCCCACACCCGGCACAUCCAUGAAGUCCUACGGCGUCUCAUGAAAAAUCAGCUAUUCUGUAAAGCCUCAAAGUGCACCUUCCAUGUGACAUCUGUGGAAUACCUGGGUAUCAUUGUCUUGGAUAAGGGUUUCAGCCUGGAUAAGCUCAAAAUCCAGGCUGUUCAAGAAUGGCCUACCCCUACUAAAGUCAAAGAAGUUCAAUCAUUCCUGGGUUUUGCCAACUUCCUCCACCAAUUUGUUGCCAAUUUCAGCCACAUGGCUAGGCCCUUGCAUAACCUUGUCAAGAAAGACACACCCUGGAAAUGGGAGACAAAGGAACAAGAAGCCUUUCAGGGUUUAAAGAACGCCAUCACCAACGCACCGGUCCUUUGUCAUGCCAACCCAGAAAAACCCUACUUCUUGGAAACAGACGCCUCAGGAGCAGCACUAGGUUCCAUACUCAGCCAACAUCAGGAAGAUGGCCGCCUCCAUCCGCUAGGUUUUCUAUCUGAGUCAUUUAAGGGUGCCAAACAGAACUACAACACCCAUGACAAGGAACUUUUGGCUAUCAUCUGCUCCUUUGAGUAUUGGCGUAUCUUCCUAGAAGGGACCCUGCAUCCCAUCACUGUCUUCACGGAUCACUGGAACUUGGAAUACUGGAAGGAAUCCUGCACCUUCAACCAACGCCACGCCCAAUGGCACCUCCUACUGGCCGGUUAUAACUUCCAGAUUGUGUACAGACCCGGUAAACAGUCAGGAAAACCAGAUGCACUUUCCCAAAGGUCAGACCACGCUGACAUUCCACCAGAACCUCAGUCCAUGCUACCAGACCCUGUAUUUGCCAAUGUUGCCCUAGUCACGCCGGAAAAGGAGUUACAAUGCCAAAUCAAGCAGUCCCUAGACCAAGACAAAUCCCUGGAAGAGAUCCUCCAAUUCCUCCAAAGCAAGUCAAAAGCCCUGCCUUCCAUCAAACGUGCCUUCAAGGACUAUGAAAUGGAAGCAGGAUUGUUAUUCUACCAAGGGCGCAUUGUAGUACCAGACGUGGGCACCCUGAGAACGGACUUACUUCAAAUCUUCCACAAUAGCCCAUUGGCGGGACACCCUGGCAGACAACAAACCCUGGAACUGGUAUCCAGGAACUACUACUGGCCUGGCAUCCGUGCAGAUACUUACUGGCAUGUCAAUUCCUGCAAGACUUGCCAAUGGAUCCAGAAACCUAAAUAUGCGUCCAUCCCUCCUCAGCCUUUGGAACUACCCUCACGCCCCUGGCAGCACAUGUUGUAUGAUAUGAUAGUAGACCUGCCCAAGGACGGAAGCUGUGAUUCUAUCCUGGUCAUUGUGGACAGUUUUACCAAAUACGCCAUCUUGGUAGAAUGUUCCAAAAAGCUCAAAGCUCUGGAAUUGGCAGAUUUGUUCCUACGCCAUGUAUGGAAGCGCUACAGCAUGCCUGAGAAGACAGUAUUGGACCAAGGACGGGUCUUCAACAACAAGUUCCUGAAGGCCCUGUACCAGCGCCUAGGAAUAGACCCCCACUUCUCCUUGGCCUAUCACCCACAAAGUGAUGGACAGACCAAGCGCGUAAACCCUACGGUCAAGCACUUCCUACGGGCCUACUCAGGAAUCAACCAGAAGGACUGGGUAAAGUGGCUACCAAUGGUGGAGUUUGCCUAUAACAAUGCAGUUCAUAGCGCCACAGGCAAAUCCCUGUUCAAGGCACUCUAUGGAUGGGAACCCUCACUCACACCAAGCAACAUUCCAACCAACGUCCUGGAAGCCAACGACCUGGCCUCUCAGAUGGAAGCACAAUGGCGGGUAAUAGAAGCAGCGCUCCGGCAAUCAAAGACAUGCAUGACAGCUGGAGAAACAGGAGAACCAAUAAACUUUGAAAUUGGAGAAGAGGCCUGGCUAGACGCCAAAAACGUGAAACUAAAGACCCUAAGUCCCAAGCUAACAGAACAAUGCCUAGGCCCCUUCAAAGUAACCAAGAAAAUCUCCGACUGCGCAUACCGCCUAGAACUCCCGCCAUCCAUGAGAAUCCACAAUGUCUUCUAUGUGGGAUUACUGUCAAAGGUGAAAAGGGACAAUAAGCGCGCAUUUGAAAACCAGCUGCCUCCAGUCACUGUGGACAGAGAAGAGGAAUACGAGGUAGAAGGAAUCACGGACAUGGAAAAAAGGGACAGAAAAUGGUUUUUCAGGGUAAAAUGGAAAGGCUAUGGAUCAGAGGAAAAUACCUGGGAACCAAGGGAAAACCUCAAGAAUGCCGAGAAAAUUCUGAAAAAAUUCGAAAAAGAAAUGAAGGAAAAGGCCCUCGGCGCUGCCAAGGCCCUUAGAGGGGGGGCAGUGUUGUAG